AUAUGAUUAAGGGUGCCAUUCGGUCUCUUCAUGGCUCCGCCAGUGAGUAGAGAUAAAGGUAAAAAGAACCCAGAAAACCCCAUUUUCCCUUGAACCGUACCGCCGAGGCACACCAACCCUGUUCGGUUUUUACAGCUUUCCUAUAGGCUCUCUCCGGUUUUUGUAUGUCUUGUCUAUAGUUUUUCAGCUAUCUAAAGAUCGUGAACCCAAGAGUGAUCCCCAAAUAUGGAGUCUGCUGCAAAAAAAGGCAAUGAAGAGAAGGAGAUGUCAGCCAAGAAUUAUGCUACCUAUCUCAUCGUGUCUUCGCUUCUAGUUACCUCAGUCUUGUAUGCAGGUUUUGCCAUGCACCGCCAUGUACAGAGUGACUAUGGUCCUGCAAUACUAACCAGAAAGGGGGCUUUUAUCGUGUUUGUUGUAGCAGAGGCAAUGACCCUGAUUUUGUCGAUUUUUUCUUGCUUUCUUGCCUUUCUUUGCUGGAGGAACGUAAAGAGGAAUGGAGCUUUGAGAAAGGCACAGAAGCUGGCUAUGUUGUAUUACUCAGUUACCGUGUUGGUCCUGAUUGGAAUGCAUCUUGUCUACAUCUCAAGCAACUAUGUGUUACACGGUAACCUGUACCGGAAUGGUGAAAUGGUCACAGAAGAUGGACCUGUUAUAUACAAUGUGCAGUAUAUAUUGUCUUAUAGGAUUGUAUGGUGGUCACAGUUUGUAUUCCUUUCGUUGCUUUACUACUGUCAUCUUCAAAUGAGGUUUUGGCUAGAACUCUAG